CCUCAUAUCUUCCUCUUCAUCUUUAUUAAGAACUCUCUAAAUAUAUUUGAUCUCUGAUUCAUAGUUAUAGCAAGAAUUGUACGUAUCAUACGCAGUCAUAUAAAAGAAUGGCUAAGUUCACAACUUUCUUCUUCAUCAUCGCUCUUCUUCUCUGCUCCACGCUAACACACGCAUCAGCCCGGCUCACUCCAACCUCCGUUUACCCUGAAGAUAUCUCCGUCAAGAAAAUGGAACAAGGAGAGGAAAACUGUGAAGGUGUUGGAGAAGAAGAAUGCUUCUUAAUACGAAGAACUUUAGUUGCUCACACUGAUUACAUCUACACUCAAGACCAUAAUCCCUAAAUGAUCAAUUAGCAAUUCUUAAUAUUGUUGGAUUAGUAAUCCAUAUAUAAUGAUGUAUCCAUAUAAUUAGCAUCUUAAUAUUGUUGCACUUUGUACUUUCUUAAUUAUUAACCAAACUACUUCACAGACUGAUUGUAUCUUUGUCACUUAAUCUGAAUAUUUAUACGUAUAAAAUUAUUCAAUUAUU